UUUCAAUAUGUUCACUUAGCGAUCGCCACACACUACACGGACGUUCGAAGGGGAAAAUUCUAUGAAAUGAUCAAGAAAGAUAUUGUGAUAUCAUGGUUCAAAGGCCUUUCUGCAGAUGAUCGAAUCGACCUCAUCUGCAAUAUACUGGACUGUUGUCUUCCUUGGGAAAUUCGAUUUUUUAAUACCUUCAUGGAAGCUCAGGUCCAACGGGAUUACCUGGCUUUUCGACAGGCGGAAAGUACGGCAAACAACCCAACGGACCUGAGCUGCUUGGUUUGCUUGGACGACUCACACAUUCGGCGAAAACUGUGUGUGUGUCUGGCUCUUCUUCACUCCAGCAAUCGACAAGCAGCAGCCGUUAUGUUCGGAAUCCUUGAUGAUUAUCAGCCUUCAACGUUUGUAGAGGAAGAAUUUUUCACUGAAUUGUCACUGUUGAUGACCAUGUCAGCUCAUCAUCCUGCAUUUUCCUUUCAUCAUAAACAUGUCUUGCAUGCAAAAUUAAAGCAACUCAAACAAGCCGCAAACCGGACGUCAGAUCUGAGUGAGGUAAGAAUAAUACUCAGAGUCUUUUUUGCAAAACACUGUUUUAAAAACAUAGGACAUAAUUCUAAAAGAACGUCUUAAACCCUGAUUAUGUCAAAAGUGUAAAUUUCUGAGGUUCAUUUCUAAACAAACAGCGAUAUCCGUUUUGCAUGUUUUCCUUAAUGAGCAAGUCAUGCCAGCUAGUGCGGCCGUCACGGUCUGUAUCGUUUUACACUUUAAUAUUCUAUCCCAAAACUCUGUCAUUGUUUUACUCUAAUUUGCCCUUUUUCAUUUAUUCACCUAGACUGUCUCUGAAUCAAGCAGUGGAUCUUCAACAUUUUCGUUUGACCAAGAUGUCACAACGAAGUUUGAGCGACAUGACCACUUCGAGGAUGGUACAGUCUUCCAAGAUUGCAAAACGGAAAGGGAGGAUUUGCCAUUAAGAGAUCUACCCGCAGUGGCAAAAGAUCAGACUCCCGAAGGUAAUUUUAUUUUUCGUUAAAUCUAAAGAGUUCAUCAGCGUUUGAUUUCUAAUCUUCUUAACCUUCAUCUCGCUUACUUAGCAAACGUGAAAGCUUAAUUAGUAAUGUUUUUUAUGAAAAUAAGCUCAAUAGCCUAUUGUGUCCAGCAGUGAUUCCUAACGUUCCUUAAUUUUGUCAUGAAUCUCACAGCUGAUAUUGUAAAUUGGCCGAUAACUUUUGUGUUUACAGUUGUCCGUGAAGCCAUCUUGUUGUUCAUACUUUGGAUUCGUUUUGUAAUAAGUAUUGUGGAAAAAAUACGGCCCGUGACACUAGCUUUAAGCUACUUUUAUCUAACAGCUGUAAGGAAUAAUUUGAUAUUCAGCUAGGUCACCUUUCCUGGAAUGGCAAACAUGAGAUUAUAAAAUAUUGUCUUCCUUUGAAUGUUACGAAAUAUCAAUAUCCUGUGUGGAAAGAUUAAUUUCUUAAAUAUCUAAUAAUCUUUUAAAAAGAAAUACACGUAAUAAAUUACGUGAAUAAUUAAAUUCAAGGACCAUGCCACUAUAUAUAAAUUUCACUAUAAUACUUGCUUGUGCUUGAUAAAAUAGUUAAGCUUUAAAAAGGUUAGUUAUCAUUUUCACCCUAGAAAGUCGGACGUGCUUUAUUUCGUCCGCAUGCAAAUGGUGAAAGGCCAUAAAAUUAAUCAUACAAUGCAAGGACUUUACUUAGGUUUUUUUUAAAAUAUACCAUUUCCCUGAACCACCAUAUUCUGAAAAUAAAAAUAAGAAUGUAUUUACGUACAUACUGGUAAUCUUCUCUAAUUUCUGUCACAUAAUGCUGGGGCAGACCUAGCAUUUUUUUCAAGGGGUUCAAAUAAAUGGCCAUGUAAACUACCGGUGUCUAGGGGCAUACCCUCCCACAAAAGUUUUUAAGAUUUUAGUUUAAUGAAAAGCGGUUUCCAGCAUUCUGAAGGUGAAUCAAAGUCUUUUUAUUGCUGUUAGUCAAGAAUUGUUUGGCAUCAUUUGUUACUUUUUACUGCAGUAGGUUUUUGUCAUAACCGCCAUGGAGUUUAAGUGUGUUCGCAGUUGCAGUUCAAAUGGUUCACAAAUAAUUUUGUUGUCAUCAAUUCUUAUUAGGUUUUAGUAGGAACAAUAAGAGAUUGUUUUUUUAUUUUUUUUGUUUGGGUAAUCCUCUUUUGAUCAGCUUUUAAUAGUCUUAUUGAAACAUGUGAGACUGUCGUAAUUGCUUUUUACCAAACACUCCCUGCACACAUUUUGUAUAUGAAAUAUGUAUGAGUUACGCUUAAUGUCAUCAUUUCACCAAAGUGUCUUAGAAUGCAGGUCAUUGAAAGCAGAUAACAUGAUGAAUAAUAGGUCAGGUGGCUAAAUUGCAGAAUGUGAUAAUUUGUUGGAUGUGACAUUAUAUACGUACAUCUAAAGUUAACUGGCUUAUAAUUAGGGACGUGCCUGAGCAAUCUAGUACCUCUUGACACUUACUAGGGACAUAUAUAAAUCUAAACAACAAUAUCAAUGAAGGCAGUAAGAGAGGGACUCAUCAACAGAACUCAAAAAAGCACACAGACAUGUUACCACAAAACAAGAUAUUAAUAGUAAGCAACGUGUGACCCUUUUUGACUACUGAGGUAAUUUUCUGUUCUGGAUGCAUCGAAGGUGUCAAAAAUAAUUGAGUCAAGAUGAAUUGCAUUCUUUGCAUUCAAGUGCUGUUCUUGAAAGUAUGAUAGCCAAAGUGAACUCUACAUUGUAGUUUGUAUUUCUUUGUACAGGGUAAUUUGCACAUGCUAAUGCAACAAUAAGUGAUACUGGUAGAGUAGUAGCAACAGAAAAUAGUAAAAACAAAUAUUAACAAUUGCAUAGAAUCCUUGAAAAGUGAAAAUUAUUGUGUCCUUAAAGGUCCUUGAAAAGUCCUUGAAUUCUUGUACCAAAAAAGGUAUAAACCUUGUUUGCGUGGCUAGAGAGAUUAUUGGAAAGAUUGUUUAAAAACGUAGGCUGCUUUACAUUGAUUCUGACCGUUAUUGAUCAGCUAUAUAUAUAUUUAGACCUUGGGAUUAAGAUAAGGGAGGAGGGACUACAAUGAAAAAAAAUUUUCUUGGCCUUGUAGGCCUUGUUCUGGUCUGAUUUGUGUGGGGUGGCGGUGGGGGUGCCCCUUUCCUAAAUUCCUCAUUGUUAAAAUGUAAAUUUAAAACAAAAAGUUCCCACCUUUUUCAACUGCAGCGCAUUCUAGUUGUAGCCUGAUGGCCAUUAAUCAGCUUGGCUUUAGUUAGUUCAUUUGGAAUAUAAAAUUUAACUGCGAAUAUUUGUUCAGUCAACUUCCUUUUUUCCAGACACCCUCAGGGCUAAGAGUUACUUUCCUCAAUAACAAAAAUUAUUUUGAAGUAAUGGGGUGGGGUGGAAUUUCCUUAGAAAAACAUUUACAUUAGAGGGAUAGGAAAUACCAUAAAAUACAAUCACAGUAUUGUUGUAAAGUCAAACCUGUUGAAUUUAUACAGACACUGAGGGGGCUAUAGAAACUUUCCUUAUUAAGUGGGUUGAAGACAAAAUGGCAGGGCUUUCUUUCCCCAGGGACAAAGCAAACUGUCUAUAGUAGUGAGAUGUCAUAUUAAGGGGGUUUUGACUGCAAAUGUAAUCAUUAUUUGUGCAUCUGAAGUUACAAUUAUUGUCAUGUGCAACCAUAAGAAUGUUAAAUCCAGCUGGAACAACAAAUAUGAUGAUUAAAGACAGAGAAAAUACUUUUUAGUUGGGUCUGUCAUCUGCCAGAAUGUUGCUGCUUAUAUGUCUAUCAUAAUGAAAGUUAGGACAAAAACAUGGUGCUGAAAAGUGUCUGUAUAUGGUGUAACUCCCUGCAGGUAGAUGAGAGUCUGAACGUUUUACCAUUUGUUAAGCGGCUGCCUUUAUUAACCAGGAUGUCUGUAAUAUUUAGGUGAAUGCAAGUAAAAGAAAGACACUCUGAUUUUUCUGAAAACUGACUUCUGAAAAGAAAAUUAAAAUUUAUUUGCAUAAAUUUUUGAGUUUGUUUGAGGUCAAGACAGUAUAAAGUACUAUAUUAUUAUAGUAUAAUAAAAUCAUGCAGUUAUUUUGAGUGUUUUUUUGAUAAGUGUUUUUACAAUGCAACUGUUAUUUAACUCCCCCCCCCAACCCAAAGCUUUAUUAUGUGCAGAAUAACAUAUCUUGUUUACAUGUGCUUUUGAUCUGAUGUAUACAGUUUCUUGAAAGGUUACACUCUGAUUUUUUUCAUUCCAAACAUUUCUUCAAUUUUGCCAAAAACAAAACAAUGUUUUAAGAACUCAUAAGAUGUAUGGGAUAAGAAGCGUUUUUCAAUUUUAUAUGAGAGCUAUGAAAAUUAAUAUACCUUAUUUGAAUGCUAAAUGACUAUGUCAAAGAGACUUUGCUAAAAUGUUUUUGGCACCUGCACAUUUUGUUGUUCCCACAGUUUAUGUCAAAGAACUUAAAUUGCAUGCUAUAGAAAAAGCAAAAGAAAAAGAAAGAAAGACUCGUCAUGAUUUGAGGAAACGGGAUGAUCAUUGGUAUGUUCUACAGGUAAUUACUUUGUUUUAAUGAUAGUAAUAAUAAUAAUGAUUGUAAUAAUAAUAAUAAUAAUAAUAAUAAUAAUAAUAAUAACUAUUUUUAAGCUUAUUAGAACAAGGGAAUUUUUAUUUUAGUAAGGGGCAUGCUGCACCUAGCUGCCAAGAACUAAGUAAACACUGUAAUUUUGGUUGUUAGUGUGGCCUGUCACGGGGCCUAGCCAUAAUAAUGCAGAUCAGUCACAUGAAAUUUUGAUUUUUCUUAAGGUGCUAUGGGGUGACGAUACCACAGACACAAUACACAGGACAUAUGAAGAAAUGUUUGACUUUCAGUGCAAGGUACAGACCUGUCUCAAUCCAAUGUCCAAUCAGAAAUGUUUUGAGACCAUAUGUCAGUUAUGGGAGGUGGACUUAUGAAGAUUUAGGUGGGGCAUGCUGCAGGAACCCUGUAAGCCUAGAGCCUUUAAGGCCAGUUUUCACUAGCAACGGAGUCGGAGUCGUAAGCGGAGUCGUAAGAGCACUCAUGACCUAGUAAAAAUAAAAAAACGGAGUCGUAAGCAGAGUCAUAAAUGCGACAGAAUCGGAGUCAGAAGAAUCAGAACAUUUCAAUUUCUUCCGACUCAGCUUACAGGGUGCAAAGAAAGUCAGUUGCCAUCCGGGAAAGCUGUACAUGUAGUUUCAGCAUGUUCUAGCCCAAAAGUCAUUUUAACUAGCCCAUUGAUGAGCAGGGUUGAUAGCAGUUCUUUUUUUAUUAGAAUUCCAUAAAAAAUUUCACUUGCCAGGUAGGCAAGUUAAGGUAAUUCCCUUGAAAUUGUUCUACUAUCAAACUUUUUUUUGAAACUUGGCAUACACGUAAUCAACAUUCAUGAUAUGAACAUUAAAAAAAAUGCAAUAAAAAGACCGGGUCACCGUGCUGGUUUACGCGUCAGCAGGCUCUUAAACUGGGGUAUUUUUACUGGUUGCAUGUUAAAAAUUCGAAUCUCCUUCUUACAGAAUUAAGUCUUUCUUACUUGAAAAUCUGAAAAUUUUAUCUUAAACAUACCGGUAAAUUAUGCUUCUUUUAUAGAUCGUUUUCACUGUCACGCAACGAAAAAAUAAAACUAGAAACCGUCCAGUGGAAAAAGCCAAGAAAAAUUGAAAUGUUAUAAAAGACUAGUGUAUAAACAAUUUGUCCAAAUCUCAAGUCUUUGUGGCCCACAGUUUCUGAGUAAUUUGCUGAACAGUUCACGCAACUUUGUAGAGCUUUGUAUGGAGACGCCAUAUUGGUGGACCGUUUUGGCCCACCAAUAUGGCCGCCGGAAAUCAACAAAAACAUCUGGACUUCACUUUUUCUAUAAAAGCUCUUUCUUUUCACUGGAGAACUAGCAUACGUGCGCAUAAACAUAUCUCCUAAUACUUAAAAUGGUUAUACAGUCUGCUGAAAUUCAAGAGGAGAGGCUAAGUUUUUUUCAGUGAGACAACAGUCCUAUUUUGAUGUCACGGAUUGUGAAAACUCGGAAGUUCAAAUUGCUGUAUUUUCGAAAUGAAACGUGCUACGGGAAUGGAAACUGGUACAAAGAUUUACUUUUUGUUUAUCUUCAACCCAGUGUAAAUAAGAAUUCGUGAAACCCCGCUAUUUUGACUUUUCGAUUUGAUGAUGUCACUGUGAAAACCAUCUCUUCAAAUAAACAGUAUUGCUUCAUUCAAUUUGUUUUUGAUUGCCUGGUUGAGGGGACAUUGCACUUUUUCAAACAGUUCCGUGGUUAGCUUGAGGUCCUUGCCUUGACCCAAAUACACCAAAUAUGAAACUAUUUUCCCCCCAAAAAACAUGUUCUACUAUCAAACUUUUUUUCUUCUUCAAAUAUGUUCUUUAUUAGACUGUUCUUAGCAAAUACCUGGGAAAAAAAUCACCCCAGUGACACGAACAAAGGAGUUUUUGACGACACUUUCCACCUGUACCAAAACUCUAACGUCAGUCAUACCUAUUAAACGCACCGCCCCUGACCCCGCUCUAUGUUUUAUUGCGGGUAACACAAACUUCUAUGCACUCGAGAUCAACCUUGUUUUCGGUUGUUUUUAGGCGUACGGGCUAUUUUUUGCCAGGGGGGGUGGUAAACCAUUUGCCCAAAAAAUUUUUGCAAGUUGCCCAAAUCUUUGCAAAACAGUCGAACAGAAACGAGGGCUGAUGGCAUAUGGCAUAUGAAAAUGGCUCCAUACAGUUUUUCAGGGUCAAUACCUGCCAAGUUUGAGCAUAAACUACGUCGCCAUAAACAAACAUUUGGAAAAGUUGCCACCACAGGUGUAUUAGAUAAAGAUAAAAAUUGGUUGUGAUCAGGGUUGCAAUGACAUCAGAGUUGUUAUAGCAAUGAAAUGAAGCCAUUACCUAUUAUACUUGCAGCAAUAUUUCUCUCUGGGAACUGUUCUUCGAAAGUGGAUCACAGGAGCUUUUUCCUCCAAUAGUCGCCUCGAUGUUCGUGACGUUAAAACGGAAUCUGUGAGAUCUUAAUCGAGAUAUUUUGGGAUAAAGUUUUUAUCAUUGGAAAUACGGUAAAAAAAGGAAAAUCUUGAUGUUUGGCCGUUAUCUGUAGAAAUGAUGCACUUUUGACAUGCAAUUUCACCUCCUAAUAAUUUCAAUCUUUUCAAAAACGUGGGUAAUAGAUCAUGGAGAUAGCUCCGGCCAAUUGCUACAAAGAAGGAUUUGUCUAUGAUUAGUUUGUAUCAUGGCGCUCUUGUUAGUGGUUUUGUAAACAUUUCAAUCUACUUUAACAAAUUAUUGAAUAAUUUUUAAACCGCUCGAUAGACUUUUUAAAAAAAUCAAGAUUCUUCUCGCAAUUCAAACUGAGAAUUAGUCAGCCACUUCUUCACUUUAAGACCCAUUACUGAUGAUAUCUGCCAUACACUGUUCUUCGAGCAGAGAUGAUUCCAGAAAGUUAGGCGGAAGUUUAUUCUAAUAAAUUCACGAGUGGAAAUAGCCCAUUGCAGUAUGAUACCUUUCCUUUACAACCAGAAACUCGUCACGUGCUAGGCAGACACUGUCUCGUGUCAAUGUAACUGGAUUAUUAUGCCGACUUCAGGUUAAAAUAGAAAAUAUUUAUCUCUUCAAUAAUUUAUCUUUAGCCACUUUAUUACACGUCUCUUCAAAAUAAUAAAAAUAAUAAUAAUAAUAAUAAUAAUAAUAAUUUAUCUUUAGCCACUUUAUUACACGUCUCUUCAAAAUAAUAAUAAAAACAUUGAGACGUCUUUAAAAACUGGCUUUACCCAAAUUUUCUCGUGCUGCCCAAUGCUGCCCAAAAACUCUGAGUUGCCCAAACUUUGGGGGGGGCUGCAGGCCCUCUCACCCCCCCGGCCCGUAUGCCUAUGGAUAUCGCCAACACAGAAGUUCAAAAUUGAAAAGAGUACCAAGAAGUGAGGUGAGUCAAGAUUUGAUGAGAUUUUGGAGUUAUGAAUCUCUAUUUUGAACUACUUUGUAGUGCCAGCGUUCUGUUUAAUUCUGGUGAGCUAGGGUUCGAUGUUUUUGCUUUUGCACAAUAAUGCUUGACAAAGAAACUUGAAGAAAAAGCUUUUGAUUCCUAUUCUCCAUAUGUUCGCUUGUUUGGGAUCUAUACGCAGUAAAAUGUGAAUUCAGCAGCAAACUUCGUGUUUACAUCUCGAGGUCUCCCUCGUAUGGUUCUGGUGCUACAGUGGGUCUUAUUUGUUCCAGAAAUAUUCGUCUCUCCCCUCUCGGAGUUUGAACAACAUAUGUAUAGUAGCGAUCCCAGGCCAGAUAAUACAGUUGGAGAGCCGUAGAGCUGUCCCACAGGCUUCACAGCCCCCAUAAUCCAAAGCCUCAGCCAAGACAGUUUAAUAAUUCCACAUCUUGACGGCCGCGCAGUGAAAAACCACUGCAGACUUCGGGAUCACGCACAUUUCUUUCAUUUUCUUGUUUUUCGAUAGCAAACCAGGAAGCUGUCAGCCAAUCUGCGGCAUUUUAUUGCAAAUAAAAGCUGAAGCUCUACAAAAGCGGCCCUUGCUUGUUCUUUUCGCACUAGUGGGAAGAACCGCCGCCAUCUUGGAUGUCGCAAUGUCAUGCACAGUAGAGGGUGCACAGUGCAAAACAAGGGAAUUCCCUUAAGAGCAGAAUUCACUAGCCCGACAGUAAAAUCCACUAGCCCCAGGCUAUCUGACACGACUUUCUUUGCAUGCUGGCAUACGUCUCUGUCGCUUAUGUUCUGCUUAUGAUCUAGUGAAAACCAGAUUGUCAGAGUCGGAAGCAGAAGUGAAAGGAUAAACCAAUCACAAUGCAUGUUCCUACGCUUUGUGAUUGGUUUGGUUCUUCUGCUUCUGCUUCCGACUCCGACAAUCUGGUUUUCACUAGAUCAUAAGUGGAACGUGAGAGAUGGAAUCAUAAGCAGAAUUGGAAGACUCUUUUCUCUAGAUCAUAAGUUCUACACUUCUGAUUACGACUCCAACUCUGACUCCAUUGCUAGUGAAAACCAGCCUUAAGCCUCUACUAGACCAUCUUCAUUGUAACCCUAUUAAGUCAUUCUCUUAUCCAUCCACACUAUCAGUACCAAACUUUAAUAUUUUUAUUCAUGCCGAUAAUGAAAUUCCUAUAAAUUAAUGAUACCAUACUGUUACAGCAUGUUAUUUUCAUGACUGUGAAAAUCUCAAAAAUUGAGACCCACAAAAUUAGCUGUCAUGAAAAUUAAUCAAGCAAACUUAAUUAAUACCCUGCUGUCAACAUCAGGGUCAUUUCACAAUAUUUUUAUCUCCAUGUUCCCUAUUUUCAUUUCAGUGUGUGAACUCUCUUCAUCAGCUAUUUCUAUCUGGCAAUUAUAGUUUCUUGUAAAUUAUGUAUUUAAUUGGCUGAAUCGCAAAAUUUGAAAUAAGUGCUGCAAAAUAUGUUGGUGCCAUUAUCAUGAAAAAGUUCCUAGGGUUGUCCUGAAUAUUUUGCUUGCAAGUUGCUGACAGAGAAUUGAACAGUUAGGGAGCGUGCAGUCAGUGUCAUGCUGAUGGUGUCGGGUGACUGGGGUCGGGGUUUUCCCUGGUACCUGGUCCUUAGGAACAGCCCAGUAUCCUAUUCUAUUGUAGGCUAAAGUGAUCUGAUUUUUAUACCGGGGAACAGACCAAACUACUUGAAAACCUUACCCUUUACAACAGCACAUAGUUAUACAACGUUCAGCUAUACAACAGUUGUACAACAGAUCAGACCGGGUGUCUUGAAAAAAAAAGACCCCUAAGACCCCCCAAGACCCCCCACGGAAUGACUCUCAACUUUACUGAUUAGGGUCAGGAGACUGAGUUAAAGGUCAGUUUGUCCAGUAUAAUAACUUAAAUGGAACCUGAUUAACUCAGUUUCCUAACCCUACAUCAAUAAAGCUCAGAGUCAUUCAGGUGGGGAUCGUAGGGGUCUUUGUUUUCAAGACACCUGAUCAGACCCCCUCUUAUGUUUGUUAUGGUUGUUUCCGUACCCACUGCAAACAUUUUCACCGAAUAUCUUUUAUUUUAAGUUACGGAAAAUGUACCCAAACAAAGUGGACGCAAAUGGCAAUCCAUGGAAACUACCUUUCUUACCAGGUAGGGCAUUCCUGAUGACUGAGUUAUCUUUAUCUGUAUAUUUACAUUACCAUUGCCUACAUUUAUAAUUAUAGUUUUUUACUGUCAGCACUUCUUUUCUACCCACCCCUCAUGAAGCUUCAGAUUUGUAACCUGGAAUUCCUCUACUCUGAGAAACUGCAUGUGUCUAUAUACAUGUACAUGUAGUGGAACAGUGACUUGCACAAACUAACCCCAGCCACAAAUAUGCAGGAUAGGUAGGUUAGUUGAAGUCCUUACCUCCUUAAAUCUACUUUGGUAACUGGAAAAAAAAUAACUGAAUAUUUUCAAACAAAGAAAAUUUUACAAGUAAUGUAAAGUUAAAUGGAGAAGGUGACAUGAGAUUUACUAGCUUAAGUUGCUUAUUGCUGUGGUUUUUUUGUAGGGAGGAUCAGAAUUUUUAAUAAACCUGAGCAGAAAGGAGAGAAAACGCCCAUCCCUGAUAUAACAGACUACAUCCGGUAUGUUGUCCCAGUUAAGUAAAAUAUAAAUGCAUUGCAAGUGUACAUAUUUGUUGUUUGCUUUAGAAAACUGAUGACAGUGAUAUAGGUAAUUGAAUACAUGAAGAAAUGCUCGGAAAAAAUUCAAGCUCCCCAGCAGGAACAAACUCAUGAUCUUCUAGUUGCGGGUUGUACACUCUAAUCACUGAACUAUAUGGCCAUGGUGAGCUGCCAUAUGGUGCGGAGCAUAAUAUUAUUGUAAGUAGACUGAUAAAUAUUGAUCAACACAACACGCUUAAUAACUUGCAUCUGGUAAGCACAAUAAACAAGUGUUGCAUACACUUUGAACAAUUACCAGCAACCCAAGUGCGAUGGUCAUGUGUCCUAUUCAUGAUACAGUAACUGGACAAUGCACCACUGUUAACACUAUUUUCAUAGCAGAAUCAUGAAUUUCGUGGGGAAAAAACACAAAAAUUUAAUUUCGGCGGUGAGAAAGUGAGAAAUGCUAGGGGUCAGCAAGGUAGAGCCCAGCAAGGUAAAAAUAAGCGGCAAUAAAAAAAGCGAGCAGGAUUAAAACAAGCAACAAAAUCUUUGGUGAGCAUAUAAAACAUUUAUUUCCAUAAAAUGUGUAACUAGAAAGUUUCACUUUGUGGUAGUGCAAAACAACAUCAAAGAAAUGUGCCAAAACGUGUGCUGCACGUGCAAAGUUUUUUUUGGUUGCUAAUUAGACUAUUAUUUUUUUGCAGUUCUUGUUGCCGUCGCCAUUUAGCAUUGCUUGAUUUUAUUUUUUGUUUUAGUGAAUUAUAAGUAUAUUAACGAGAGCUUUGCUUUUAGCCCUGGCUAAAUCCAUAUAUUGAAAAAGUGUAUAGUACUGCAUGCGUGUUGUUACAGUUGAUGGACCACUUGUUUAUUUUGUUAUGGGUUUACUUUUCCUCAAAUUUAAAUACCUUGUUUUCCUGCAAGCUACUGGCCUCAUAUUCAUGUCAUGAAUGUGAUAAUCACACAAAUCUCCACUGCCUCUAAUGCAUGUGAAUUAUCUUACAAAUUGGAAUCUUGAUGGGACCUGAUUGAUCCAUAAAGUUUUCAUUAUGUGAAUGAUUAUCACUUCGUGUUUGUUUUUUGUUUUUUCACUCUUUAGGUUGUUUAGCAGUCUUCCUAAGUUUGUUCGAGGCUGUGAUCAUGUAGUGAAGUUUUUCCAGUGUGAAAAAGGAAAACGGAAAAGGUUGGAAAGCAAGAAGGCAAAACAUUCUUCAAAAAAGGAGCAAGUGUUAGACAAAAUGAAGCAAAAAGAGUUUGACACUCCUCACAGGAUAGCAGAAGUAGUGCGUGAACAGUCACUUGGUGAAAGUGAGAGAGAUGGCAAAAAAUCAGAAAAUAAAACUGAUGCUACAAAUCAGUCUCAAAAUAGAGAUCAAAUACAGGCAGAUGAAGGAUCACCAGCAGUAAUUCAAGUGGAUGAAAAUGGGAAUGAAUUGAAAGUAACGGCAUCUGGUAAGAUAAUUAACAGUCAGUGCAGUGUUGGCUUUUAGGGAACCAAGCGUGAAUGUACACACACAUGGAAUACUUUGUCAGUAGUGUUCAUAUGACCGUGAACUAGAAAAUUGUGAAGUUUAAUCUUAAGCCUUCACUGGGAUAGUAAUAUUACUUCCUUUCCAUGUUAAUUCAGUUGUUAACAGCUGUUUAGGUCUUGCAAAAAGUGAAAAUUUCAGAUUUUUAAAUGAUACCCUCUUUAAUUAGGUUAUGAAAGAGUUAUAUCAACAUCAUAUUGUUGAAAUUACGAGUAAUAGACAGGCAACCUAAGCUGUACCACAAUUUUCUUUUAUAAUUUUAUAUUCCCCUUGUAAUACACAAUGUUCUUAAUUUUCCUUUCUCUAUUUUCUGUUUUAGAUGCCAUGUUACCAUCAGUUGAAGCUGUCCUUUCCAGCAGUGUCUCAGUAGUAAACAACACAACUCCUAAGUUAAGCACUAACAGCCUGCAUUCAUCUGUAGAAAAAUCUCUGGUAUCACUUCAUGUGGCCCUGCCUUCGACUGCACCCGUCACUUCAUAUCCAUCACCCUCUGUAUCUCCAAGUGGUUCUCCUGUGACAUCCCCCACAGUCACACCAUUAUUUCCUCGUCAAUCUUGUGCUGAACAUAUCAACUGGGCAUUUAGACCUCAUGGUCGAGCAUUAACUGUUUCUGAAUGGCUCCGAAGGUUACGAUUGCAUAAAUAUUCCGAUGUGUUUCGAGGAAAGACGUUUGAUGAGGUACGAUUACUGUUUGUAUGAGUCACUAAGUUCAUUAUUUAGGUGGAAUAAUUCUUUGCAGGGUACAUUAUUCACUGACUCUUAUUGUAGUUGUAUCACGUCGUUGUAUCACGUGUGAGUGCCACAAUGUUACUGAUUGUUAAGGGUUGGCUGAAAUGGGUGAAAAAAGAGACAUUGAGCCAUAGUGGACGUUGCUUGGUAUGUAAAUACCUCGAAGGUUUCCCCGGAAUUCCUUGCUUAAACUGGCUCACGGAAUAGCGAAUGCGCACGACUACUAGGAAAUGUUAUAGACUGGUAGCAACCUCUCCAGUUCGAGUGGCAAGGAACGCGAAAGUGAGCGGCCAAGCCGUGAGGGGCGGAGAAAACGAACAGUUAUCACUUUUUCCCCGCGCCUUACUCCGCGUCUCCUUUCGCGUGCCACUCUUCGCGUGACUUCUCGCGAUAUCCCAGCUAGCUGGUUUUACGGUUUCUAUUGUUGUGAGAGAUGGCUGCAUCGUUAUCAUAAUGGCUCAGUCAAUUCCAAGCGUACCCUUACCCCAAAAAGUACUUGUUAAGUGCUGACAUCUGCUUUAGCUUUCAACAUCUAAGCAAGAGCGGGCAAAAUUGCUCAAUCAAAUUCUCGUGUGGAGCUAAACCCGUCAAUUCCAAUCACUUUUGCCACAUUUACCUCCAAUUAUCGGAAGAAAUCGCUCCGUUUCUUGGUAAAAAAAUAACCACCUUCUUACCUUCUUACAAACUGAAAAGUAUUCCUAUGUUGGAAUUUCCGGUGUUUGAGUGGAUGCGGAUUAGCCGGAAAUGAAAUAUUUCUGCGGCACAGGAGUAGUGGGGACUGGGGCGGUCACAGUUGAAGUGCAGUAUGGGUAGAAUGGAGAGACGCUUAUCACGUGGGAAAGCAUUCUAGGCUGACACAGGAGCCGAUUACUUGACCUCGUUUAGUCCACGUUAUUUUUUUAUUUAUAUAUUUUUUAUAUAAUUGAUUUAUUAAGUGACAGAUCGAGUUUCGCGACGGGAUUUGGCUUGUUUUCGUUAUUUUCCUUUGUUUUCGAAUGAUUAUUACAAAUAUACCGUGCUUUGUUGGAAUGACAUGCUAAGUAAAUGUGGGCAGAGACCUUCGAACCGUGUAGUCUUCGUAGGAUUGGCUUUUCAGAGCAUGAGCUACCCAGUUACCUAGUUUUCCUGCCGAGUUUUUUUCCCUAGUGGGUUUUUUUUCGGCAGGUUUUUUUCUGGCCUCCGUUCUGACGGUAUUCUUUGUAAACUGUCGCUCAGUUCUGUUCUAGUUUAUUUGCCACAUGUUUGAAUGUAAUAGAAGUUGUUAUUUUACGUAUUGUUAUAUCUGCGGUGCUCAGCUGAAACAGCCAAAAUAGACCUAACGGUUUUCGAUUCAUGUUGCACAGCUUAGUGGAGCGGAAAUCUACCAGAUAUAAUAAUUGUCUAUUAUACAUUGUUUUCAGGAAAAUAACGACAACCACGCCAUCGCACGGAACACAGUUUGAGAUUGCUCUUGGAAAUCAUGCAUUGUACACACACCCUUCACAUUAGUCAGUUAUCUCAUAGUUACUGUGGCUAUCUGCCAGCCGAUAACCGACUCAAAACCAACUAAUCUGUAGGUUGCUCUGAUACCCAAAAUCAGGGUGCAAAGAAAAUCAUUUUUACAGCUUGCCAUUCGGGCAAGCUGAAGCUACAAUUGUAGCAUUUACUAGCCCAGAUGUCAUUUCAACUAGCCCAAAAAACUUUUUGACUUUCAGAAUUGAUUUCAUGGUUCUUCUGUUAUUCAAAUUCCUCAAAAAACAUCACUUGCCCGUCGGGCAAGUUAUAAACAGAAUACACUAGCCCGAUAGGAAAAUCCACUAGCCCCGGGCUAUCGGACACUACUUUCUUUGCACGCUGCAAAAUUAACUGUUAGUGUAGGCUCUUAGCCAAUAAGAAGACAGACAGUGUGUAUAAUGUGCUUUUCAGUUUAUGCGACAAUGAUCAGCGUAGAGAGUUAAAAGAGUUUAAAGUAACUUCACAAUUCAUUUUCUUUUUAGAUGUUAAAGCUUACAGAUGAAGACUUUGGAAGACUUGGUUUAACUGCAGGUGCUAGAAGAAAACUGAGGGUUAAUCUUGAGGUUCUUAGGUAAGUAUCAUGCAUUCAAACGCGAGUUUUAAUUUUAGUUUUUAAGUAGACCACCGAUAAAAUCAAGAAUAAAAGUCUCUAGCCACCGGCACUGGGAAAAUUGUCGUGAGAGAGGAAGGAAAUGUGGCUGCCGGUAGUCAGAGUUAACGAAACGAUUCCAAAAUCUGCUGUAACUGAAAGUUGUGACUAUACUGAAAUACAAGAUACUCAGGUGAAAACUCUAUCGAGGUGUUUACUAUAAACAAUGUCAUAUUAGAGUACAUAUCUAUUUAAAGGAACUUUAACCUCUGAGGACUUUUCCGUUAAUAUUUCAAACUACUGCCCCCAACUCUUAAAUCACCACCGCUUGUAGUGAGCUCAGUUUUACAAGUGAUUGUUGAUCUGAUAUCAUUUUUGUUGCGUCGUCUUUCUGUUUAGGACCAGUGGCUGCUUUACUUCAAGUGGAUUAAUAUUAUUCGACAUCAUUCCAUCUCCGUCAACAGACCCAACUCCUUUAAAAAGUCUGUGCUCUGCUUAUUCUAAAGGCAUUUUGAUUUCUGAAAAUCAUGGACAUUCACCUGUUUGCUACAGUUCUGCAGCAGACUCAUGCGGUGAAUUUCUGUAUAGCGAAAGUGAUAGCGCUAGUGACUGUGGCAGUGAUUUGUUGUCUGAACCAAGAAUUCAGGUGUGUACACUAUCGUAAGCAAUUUCAGCACUGAGAAACGCUCACAGAAUUGAAUGAAAUAUCAAUCAAAUUAAUUGCUUCGAACUAUAGAACAUGAGAGAGAUUCGGAAACACUAUUGCGAAGAACAUAUUGGUAUAACGUAAGAAGAUUGAAACGGAUUGGAUUUAGGAGCGCUGCCAUUUGUGUUGAAAACCCGAUCGAUAAUAUUAGUGGGAAUUUAUGGAAUGGUUCAUUCCGGUGGAAACUUUUCGGAAAAAAAACUUAAAACCUUCCGGGGUAUUACCUUUUUCCCGCUUUGACCGAAACGACCGAAAUUUUCUGCAACAUUUGUGUGGAUUUUCAGUGCCAGGCACCGUUUUGAGAGGAAGCAUAGAGCGCUUUCCAUUCAACCAAAACGUUCGGUUUGAAUUUUCGGCAACUUCCAGGAGCGAAUAAAGGAGCAAAAUUUCCCAAAACAGGGCAACCUCGCAAGGUAUACCUAAUUUUUCGAAAAUUUAUUCCCGGAAGUUUUCUUUCCAUAAUUUCAACUUUGCUGCCUGAAAAUCUUGAAUUUGAAUGGUUCACAUUUCGGGAGAUUUCUGUACCAUUUGCCGCCGUUUCCAAAUUUUCGAAAGUUUUGGUUGAAAGGAAAGGGCUCGUAAAUUUACAUGUAAUGGUAUUUUGUAAAUGGUAAAAGUCAAUCCCAUUCCUGUUUUUGGUGCAAAAAAAUACCAUUACCAUUUGUUGGAAAAUUUUCACCAAAAUUCCCGGCGAAAUCAUUAUGGUAAGCGUGCUUGGUCAACCUCGCAAGACACUGACUGGCCUGUUUUUUUCAAGUAGUUAACUACGAUUCUGAGUUGAUUUUGGGCUUGGAGUUCCAGUAAAUAGUCAGCGGUUUCAAACAUGGUCUUUUUUGGGCUGUCAGAAGGUUUAGAAGAUGCAGUUCAUGUUAAGAUGCAUUUCUUUGUAGCCGGUACUGACAUGACUUAUUCUCACUAUUGGUUGAGCAAUUAUUAUUUUUACUGCUUGUCUCAUAUUUGAAGCGGGUCUGUUUUCUUUGGUGUUUGGUUCCGACAGUAUUUGACCUCUGAAAUCGAAAUCUAACUCUAAAGCAUAGUUCGGAAGUUAGUUUAUCUCCUUCUCUGCUGUUAAAAUCAAAGAAGGCGGUAACACCACACAGGAAAUCUGAUUGAACGUACACACUCUGCGCUGCAGGAUAUUAAGGAGAGUUUUCUUUAAAGAUUAACGGUGUUAAGUGAUGUGCUUAAGCUGAUUUAGGGAACAUUUCAUUUCCUCUUUAGACAGGGUUUUCUAGAAUGUAUAAAAAGACGUUUCCUGUGCUAAACAGUUGUAGAGUGUCUUGUUACAACUGUGGCAGUCUUGGGCAUGUUGGAGGACAGUGUAUGGCUCCUAAUCUGGAUAAAAUUGCUAGUUAUGGUAUG